AUGCUUAUUAUGUCGUCCUUCCUUCCCCGCUCCCCUCCCUUCCCCCUCGCCCGCUCCCCUCCCUUCCCCCUCGCCCGCUCCCCUCCCUUCCCCCUCGCCCGCUCCCCUCCCUUCCCCCUCUCCUGCUCCCCUCUUCCCCCUCGCCCGCUCCCCUCCCUUCCCCCUCCCGCUCCCCUUCCUUCCCCUCGCCCGCUCCCCUGCCUUCCCCCUCGCCUGCUCCCCCACAGGCGGGAUUCCCGCAUCUGGCAGGCGAUUGCUGCAUUGCGCAUGUUUGCUACAUCCCACUCCGUUUCAUAUCCUGGCUUUUCCCAUCCACCCCUCUUCCUUCCCCCCCUCACCACCCACCCACACCUCGGCCCCAAAGGUGAAACUUCCACAUGUGGCAGGCGAUUGCUGCAUUGCGCAUGCGCGCUACAUCUCAAUCACUCCUCUCCUGCUGUCCCCUCUGGUGUGUUUGCCUUCCCUCCUCUCUUCCUUCCCCCCACAGGUGCUCCAUCUUUCAACCCCGUGCUUUCCUUGCCCCCAGAGGUGGGCAUUCCACAUCUGGCAGGAGAUUGCUGCAUUGCGCAUGCUUGCUACAUCCCAUUCCGUUUUAUAUCCUGGCUCUCCCCCCUCCUCCCCUCUUCCUUCCCCCCACAGCUGGGACUUUCACAUCUGGCAGGCGAUCGUUGCGUGCAUGCCCCCUCUAGCAACACCCUAUGGACUGUAGAAUCAACACUAGCACCAUGCUGGCAUGAGCACCAUGCUGACAUCAGCACCAUGCUGACAUCAGCACCAUGCUGA